AAUAUACUCGUCGGUUGAACAUUCAUUUCAACUCCAAAACCAAACUUGUUAAAAAAAAAAAAGACAAGCCAAUUCGAUCGAAAGAAAGUCUCUUUCCCAAUGGAUCCGUCGGAUUAUUUAACCGGCAAUAAUCCUUCCGAUCAACAGAACCAGAAACGACAGCUUCAGAUCUACGGUCCUCGUCCUUCCCCUCUCAGCGUCCAUAAAGACUCUCACAAGAUCAAGAAACCUCCCAAGCACCCUGCUCCGCCUCCUCAGCAUCAUCACCGCGACCAAGCUCCGGUCUACGCUCCUCGAGAGCCGGUGGUAAUCUACGCCGUCUCGCCGAAAGUCGUGCACACCACAACCUCCGAUUUCAUGAACGUCGUCCAGCGACUCACCGGAAUCUCCGCCGGGGUCUUCCACGAAUCCGGAAACGGCGGAGAUGUGUCGCCGGCGGCGAGACUCGCAGCGACGGAGAAUGCUAGCCCGAGAGGAGGAAAGGAACCGACGGCGGCUAAAGAAGAGACGGUGGAAGUCGCCACGGCUAUGGAAGAAGCAGCUGAGUUCAGUGGCUACGCUCCGGGGAUACUCUCGCCGUCUCCGGCUAUGUUGCCGCCAGCUUCUGCUGGAAUGUUCUCACCGGGAUGGUUUUCUCCGUCGGGAUUAAUGAGCCCGUUUAUUCUUUAUAGUCCUAGUUAUGCUAGUUUGGUUGCUUCACCAACGUUUGCUGAUGUCUUUUGUAGUCAUAUUUGGGAUCCUUAGAGAAAAAUAUAUUUAGAUCUUUAUGUAAUUUUUAUUCAUUUUGACAUAUCCCAAGAUUGAGCCCAAAGGGUUAAGAUGAGUGGUUUGUGUCUUUGUAAUGUAAAACUCAUUUAACUUCAAAAAUUUCAGACA